GAGAGUAGACUUCCACCCAACGGGAGAGAGACGGAAGGAAAAUUUUUGUCAUUUACUGUGGAAAAUAAGGAAGUUUCAAACUCCAAAAUGUUCUGUUUCUCUUACUCAAAACAAACGAAAGACCCAAAAAUUUUGGACCAUGUCCUGCACAAUUCUCAUCCUAUGUUUCUUCCUGAAGCUCGGAUCUUCAGAAAGCAGCAUUCAAGAUGGAUUUUUGUUCAAUGGUUACUUCAAGUUUGGUGACAGCGCAGAGCUAAACAAUUCCAACAUGUUCUCUCAAGUAAUAUAUGCUGAUAGUGGGCUUAGCAAAGCAAACCAAGUCUUCUAUAACCAUCCUUUCAAAUUCAAAAACUCACCCACUGGUUCUGCCUUCUCCUUCUCCACUACCUUCAUUGUUGCAGUAGUAGCCAAGGACCCUGAAUUCAACGGCCAUGGACUUGCCUUCGCUAUCUCGCCAUCGAAAGUUGCAGUGGAGCUUGACACAGACCAAGAUUUUCAAUUUAAUGACAUAGAUGAUAACCAUCUGGGUAUUGAUAUUAAUGGGUUAGUGUCGGUUCAAUCUGCUACUGCUGGUUACCAUGAUGAGCAUGGGCGUUUCAAACAGCUAUAUCUCAAAAGUGGAAAACUAAUUCAGGUCUGGGUUGAAUAUGAGAGCUUGAAUCAACGGCUUAAUGUCACAAUACAUCCAAUAAAAAUACCUAAACCCGUGCUUCCACUUUUAUCCUUGACAAAAGAUCUUUCCCCUUAUUUCUUUGAGGUUAUGUAUGUUGGCUUCUCAUCUGCUGGUGGGUCUAAAUCUUCUCACUAUAUCUUCGGUUGGAGUUUCAGGAUGAAUGGUCAAGCCGACGAGAUUAACCUGUCUACCCUUCCUGAUAUUCCUGGUGUUACAAGAGACAAUGAAGGGGAUGCAGGGGAUGGAUAUAGAAAAGUGCAGAAGAUUUUGGCAGUUGUAUUAUCUUUAGUUGGGGUUAUUUUUCUUCUACUCUUGAUUUUUGGCGCACUUAUGAUUUCAAGGAGGAGAAAAUUCAUUCAGGUGCUUGAGGAUUGGGAAAUGCUAUAUGGACCUCACAGGUUCUCCUAUAAGGACCUAUUUAUUGCCACAAAAGGCUUCAGACAAAGACAACUUCUUGGAAAAGGAGGUUUUGGCAGGGUAUAUAGAGGCAUUCUACCAUUCUCAAAUGUUCAAAUUGCAGUGAAGAGAAUUUCUCAUGAUUCCAGGCAGGGAAUGAGAGAAUUCGUAGCUGAAAUUGCAACCAUUGGCCGUCUCAGGCACCCGAACUUGGUUCGACUUCUGGGAUAUUGCAGGCGCAAGAAUGAACUUUUUUUAGUUUAUGACUAUAUGCCUAAUGGAAGUCUUGAUAAGUUCCUUUAUCAAUUACCCAAUUGCAUACUGAACUGGAAACAAAGAUUCAAAAUCAUCAAAGAUGUGGCAUCUGCACUUUUCUAUCUGCACCAACAAUGGGUUCAAGUUAUAAUCCAUAGAGACAUCAAACCUGCGAAUGUACUCAUCGAUGAUCAGAUGAAUGCCAGGCUAGGAGAUUUUGGGCUUGCUAGGUUAUGUGACCACGGAAACGCUCCUCAAACCUCUCAUGUAGCUGGGACUCCAGGUUAUAUUGACCCUGAGAUUGUGCAGAGUGGAAAAUCAACGACAUGUACUGAUAUAUAUGCAUUUGGGGUGUUUAUGCUUGAGGUUACUUGUGGUAGAAAGCCUGUGGAUCCUCAAGCUUCCUUGGAGAAAGUAGUGUUGAUAGAUUGGGUAAUGAAUUGUUGGGAUAGAGGAGCAAUUUUGGAGGCAGUUGAUUGCAAACUAGGAGAUGAUUAUGUGUUGCAUGAAACUGAAUUGGUUUUGAAGCUUGGAUUGCUUUGUUCACAUCCAGUGGCUGCAGCUAGGCCAAGCAUGUCUAGCGUAGUACAAUUCUUGGAUGGAGCUGCUCAGUUGCCUGAAAGUCUAAGUUCUAUGACUAAAUCUCGAGAUUUUGGUGACGACUCUGGUCAAGGACGUGUAGCUUAUGAUGAAUUCCCUUCUGGAAAUGUUACCAUUGCUUCAUUGACAUUUACAGAGUCAUUUGCCUCUGAUGGACGUUAAUAUGGUAUGGAUUUAUUCUUUGUGGGAAACUAUUGCUUAGAACUUGUUCACCAACAUAUAAAUAAUUACUGAGGCCAUAGAUCAUUUGUCUUGGGUUCGUGGUGUGCCGAGUCAAGGUAAGAAAAAUCCUUUAUAUUGCUACUAAUCAUACUAUACUAACAAGAAUAAUCAAUGAGUUGCAACACAGGUGAAUUUUAAAAUGGCUCUCUCCUGUUUGUCCACUUUGCUCUUUCAUUAUUAAUGUUUUGUUGAGAAAAAUUAAUUUAGGAUAAUUUCACUUAGAUUUGUUUAUUAUGAAUUUAAAAUAUAAAUAUGUGACUCCUAUUAUACAUGUUGUAUCUUGUAUUCAUAAUUGUUAAAUUUGUGACUUAAAAUCUUAGUGGAU